CUCAGCCUAAUCCUGCCAUCUGUCAGAGAGCAUCUGACAAGGCGCCACUCUCUGCGCUCCCUUGGCCAAUAAAUAAAAGAAACUUUAAAAGAAGAAGACAAUGGAGGCGAUGUACCUUCUCAAGCAUCCUGGGGUCAAAAAGAAGAUUCUGGCUGGAGGCACUGGCCCUCUACCUCACUUCCCACCUGGGACCAAGGUGGUCUUCCACUUCCAGACGUUGCUGGAUGACUUUGAGCGCACUGUCAUCGACGACAGCCGAUUGGUUGGCAGGCCGGCUGAGAUCUUUGUGGGAAAGAUGUUCAAGAUGGAAGUGUGGGAGACAUUGCUGACCUCCAUGCGGGUCGGAGAGGUGGCUGAGUUCUGGUGUGAUGCUGUUCACACAGGUUUGUACCCCAUCGUGUCAAAGGGGAUGCGGCUGAUCGCUCAAGGCAAAGACCCCCUGGAGGGCCAGAGACACAUGUGUGGCAUGGGGAACCUCUUUCACUAUCACUCCACCGGCUUCCCAGAGCUGGAUGAGCUGAUGAGGACUCCUCAGGCUCUCAUCUUCAUCAUGGAGCUGCUGCAGGUGGGAGACCCCCUGUCCUACCAAAGAGAGUCAUGGAUGAUGGAGAAGGAUGAGAAGUUGAGAAUGGUGCCCAUCCUCCACCAGCAUGGCAAUGCGUUGGUCAAGCGGGGGGAAUUUCAGGAGGCAGCUAGCAGAUACAAGGAGGCUGUAUUGCUGCUUAAAACAGUGCAGUCCAGGGAGAUGCCGGGUGACAUGGACUACAUUAACUUGGCUCGCAUGAUCAUCCCUCUGGAGUUGAACUACUGCCAGUGCAUGCUUGAGAUGCACGAGUACUACGAGGUGAUCGAGCACACCAACGAGCUGCUGGACAAACACAGAGACUGUGUGAAAGGCUACUACAAGCGAGCCAAGGCCCAUGCUGCAGUGUGGAAUGACAGAGAAGCCCGUAGAGACUUCAACAUGGUGGCCCACCUGGACCCCACACUGGCCUCACUGGUCCACAGAGAGCUAAGGGCCUUUUCUGAGCGCUUAAAGGAGAAGUACUGGAAGGAGAAGGAGGCCUACUGGAACAAGCUGGACAUCAAGGAUGGUGCCAAUGAAGAGGGGGCAUUUGGAAAGGCCGAUGAGGAGGAUGGAGCUGAAACAGAGAAUGCUGGCAAAAGAAAAGAGGAUAUUAAAGGUGAUAAAACAGAGGGGAAGGACUGGCAGCAGAUGUUGCGUCUGGUGAUGCUGCUGCAAGAUGAAGGCAACUUCCUGGUUAAAGAGAAACACUUUGAAGAAGCUUCUGGAAAGUUCAGGGAGGCCAUUGAUUAUGUGGACUUCCUUCAGAAUAAGCAGGUGCAUGAUGGCCAUGAGGACUGGGACUCAUUGGAAAAAGUGCGCCUGCCUCUGACGCUCAACCUGAGUCAGUGCAUGCUGGAGCUGAAACAAUAUCAGCAAGUGGUGCAGCUCAAUGACAAACUGUUGGAACAUCAUCAAGGUCACUUCAAGGCGGUGUACCAACGGGCCCGGGCACACGCCGCCUUGUGCAACGAGGAGGAAGCUCGGCGGGACUUGGCUGCUGUAGAGAAGCAAGAGCCCACGUUCAAGUCUUUUGUCCGCCAGGAGCUGAAGAAGUUGGGGGAGAACGUCCGCAGCAUGCACGCCCACCAGAACAAGACCUAUUGGGAUGCCACUCAGGAGAAGUGGGGGACUCGAAAGGGAUGUCAAAAAGAUGAACGUUUGCAGGGCAGUAAAGAUCAAGCAGGCGAUGAUGAUGAUGAUGAUAAUGUAGUUGACCCUCCAGUAGAUAAUGGUGGUUUGGAAGAAGAAAGGCACGAUCAGGCCACUGAUGGAGAAUCCAGUGAAAUAAGCAUAAAAUAAAGUGGCAAAAAAGGUCAAAUGGCAAUCAAGGACAUAAAACAAGGCAGUAGAACAUGUGAUAAUUAUUGGUUUAGCUUAGUUGGAGGGGAAAAAAUACAAGGCAACAACUGCUGAUAACUUGUUCUACGAUAUGGGUUGAGAUGGGACAGACAAUGACAAAAUACAACAAUAACCCUUGCCGAGAUGGUUUUUGAGAGGGGACAGGCUGCUGAAAUGUGGUCUGUUUACUGGUUGUGGCCAGAAUUUCCCUGGCUACCUCUUGGUUUAAGAGGGGACAGAGAGGAAAAAAAAUACAUUAAAAACAAGUAAGUCCACAAGGAAGGUCAAAUGCUAAUCCCUUGAUACCGGGAGAACUAAACAGGACGUGGUGUUAGUCAGGGGAUAGCAAUAAAGUGAGCGUGUUGAUUCCACAACAAGCUCACCCAAAUAUAAACACAGAGUCAUUAGAAGUCAUCCUUCUACUGCCCAACAACACAAUACAAUAACAACACACAUAGGAAGACAAAUAGAAAGUUUUUAUUUGUAUACACGGAGUAGAAAGCCGCCAUUCAGCCACCGCUUGCUUUUGUGUUUACAAGUUGAAAGUGUUUGGACAUAUUCAAAGACGUAUUAAGAGUGACAAGUUCAAGCCAUCAAAUGAACACGUGGAAAUGAUUCAUGAGGUAUAUUGUUACCAUGGAACAAUAAAAACACAUGAAAAAUAUCUCGGGUGCACUUUUAAGAUCGAACAAGAGAUUGCCUGUUUGGUCAUGUAAAGAAUCCGAACAAAACAUAAACAUAGCUUUUAGUACGUUGGGUUAGCAUGUGUGAAUAAUUUAUUCGGACUUAAUAUGAAAAUGCACCAUAAUUAGAAUUAUAUAGUAUAUAUAAAACUAUAUAAUAUAUAACUAUAUAUAUAUAGUAUAUAUAUUACUGCAUGUACUCCAUGUUACAAUUAUUUUAGUCAUUUAACAAAUAUAUUUAUGUAAUUGGUUAACAGCAUUGGACUAAUUAAUGUUAUCAAAUAUUAAUCACCCUAAACUUACUUAUGGCAAAACAACUAUAAUAAUCUAAAGAAAUAGACUUUCUGUAGCAUUUCCACAAUGUUUAAGACGUUUUGUCUGUAGUAUCUGUAGUUAUUGAAGUAUAUAUUUAUUGUCUUUUAUUUUUAUGUUCUCAUGAGAAUUUAGUAGGAUUUCACACAAAAAUCACAUUUAGUUUGUUCAUUUUCCAUUUAUUAUUUUAUUGAAUAAAUAGUAAGAUUAGUAUUGUAAUGGUAAUUUAAUUAAAUGAAUAUUAAAACAAUGUACUCUAUUACCAACUGCCUUCCAACAGAAUUCCAUCUAUAAAAAGACAAUACUUUAUGGUGGUAUUGUCAGUUUUGCUAAAGAUAAACAAGAUUUUAAAAAUAACCUAGAAAAGUGCUACUAUAUAAAUUAGAUGUACUAUAACUACACAUUUUGUAUGUAUGUAGAUAUUGUGAAGUAAUUAAACAAUUUAUCCAAUAAUGAUGUUUUACAUUUGAACUUCAAACAUGUUUGAUGUGAACAUCUUCUUUCUUUUUCAUCUCACUUACUCUCCAUGGAAUUUAUAGGUAGAUAAGUACAUACCUACCUACCUUAUAUAUGUAAUAUGAAUAAAUCAUCCACUAAUAAACACGUUCUUCUGUUUGUUUAUUAACUCCUACUAGUAAAGCAAAGUGAUGGCAGCAUGGAAAACGAUGAUGAUGAGAGCGGAGUCGAGUGGAGUCGGCCUUUAGCAGCUAAAGUGCUGUCGUUGCCUUCUCCUUAAGGCUGGUCAUGCAUACGUAUGAUGAGCAUCGCCUUUACUGCUCACAAACCUGUGCAGCUGCAUCCUUCGGGAGCGUUGCCAAGCAACUGUAACACAGCUGGCAGGUUGAUGCCAAUGCAGCGAAUGAAUGAGGGUCACAGUGGCAUUUUAAAGGGGUCAAAAUUCUCGAUUUUAUGUUUUUUGUUGUGCAAUGAAAUCAAACUUACGACACUGCACUGACAAGCCCAUCAAAGUGCAUCACGCCUGUCAGCCCCCCUGGCAACAAACGUUCUCUCUAAGAGCUCAAAGAGUCCCUCUGAGCAGCACAGGCAAAUGCUUACUUUUGUUGUGGAUUCCCACAUACAGGUAUGUAUGUAUGUAUGUAUAUGUAUGUAUGUAUACAGUAUGUAUGCACAUAAAUGCUCGCUGUGCUGCACGUGCCUGCUGCAACCUCCUUCCAUCAAUAGUCAACCCCAAAAUAAGGCAUCCUCGAACGUUUUAGGCAAACACCAGCACAAUAACAAUGGAAUAUACUAGACGUACUAUAUGUACUGUAUUCUUUCCAAAUUUGAAUGGAGCAGCAGGAGCUUAGUCACAUAGUGAUGUGUCUGGAAUUGACCUGGGAAUACAGUCGCCUGUGGCAUAAUCAAAUAAAAUAAAAAGAUUAAGAUAAAGAUUAAAAAAAAACAUGAACCAAAUAUAUAUAUUAAUGAAUAAUGGUAAUGAAAUUAAUACAUUGAUAGACACAUCAUGAAUAAAUAAAUAAAAAGGGCAAGAAGCAGAUACAUAAAUAAACAAGUUAAAUAGUAUUAUUAAUCAAUAUUAUUGAUACUAUAUUUCACUCUGUAAUAAAAAAAUAAUAAUAAUCAAGGGUACCUUGGCGUGUAGAACCGAGAAGAAACAUGAC